AUGGCGAUUGAUUAUGCAGUUAAUUUCCCAAAGAACUGUGGCAAUGUUAUCGAUAUGACAAAUGAGCAGAGCAAGAAACUAAGACAGAGCAAGAAACUAAGACAGACCAAUCGCCGCUGCUUAUUGAAAAUAAUUGAAAACUUGCAGUCUUUAUGCCGGCAAGGACAAGCUAUACAAGGAGACACUGAUACUGAGUCGAACUUUUACCAAUUAAUGAAACUUCAGGGACGGGACGAUCCUGCGUUACUCGAGUUGCUUAAGAAACGAGGCGGUGAUAAAUAUACGAGCCAUGAUAUACAAAAUGAAAUCAUUGAAAUUAUGGCACACGAGGUUCAACGGGACCUCAUAAAGGAUAUUGGAACAGGAUUCUUUUCCAUAAUAGCUGACGAAUACAUGGAUAUUGGUAAUAAGGGGGGCAACUGACUUUAUGUUUUCGGUGGGUAGACGAACAACUUGAUGGUCGUGAAGACUUUCUCGGAUUUUACAAUAUACCAAACAUAGCAUCUGAAACCAUUGUCCAAGCAAUCAAAGAUAGCCUCAUUCGACUGCAGUUGUCUUUGUCCCAGUGCAGGGGGCAGUGCUAUGAUGGUGCCAGCAACAUGCUUGGUAAAAAAUCUGGUGUGGCAAAACAAAUUCAGGAGUGUGAAGCAAAGGCCCUUCCCACACAUUGUCACAGUCACUCCUUGAGCUUAGGUGUAAAGGAUGCAACAAAUAAUUGCCAGAUCUUAUUUAACACCAUGAAUAAUACGAAUGAGAUUGUUAAACUCGUAAAGUAUUCUCCCAAACGAGAAAAUUUACUUGGAGAGCUGAAGGAAAACCUUCAAUACAAGGACGAGGAGGAAGAAGACGCGGCGGCUGCUGCUGGACUUACAAAAUUCAGUGCAACUAUAGGUGGACGGUUCGAGCAAUCUGUUUUGAGAGAGUAA